AUGCAAGAUGAUAGAAGCUGCUCGAGUGAUAAAUCUUCUUCAAGGACAAGUUUAUCAGAAAAUAAAACCAUAAAGAAAAGUAUAGUUGAAAGAAGAAUGGAAAAAAUGUUCAAAAAUAAUCCGAUUUUCUUGAGACGAAACAUAAAAACUUCUCGAUUUCGUGGGACUCAAGUUCCUGAAUAUGAAGUUAGGAUGGAAAAAAGAACUGAUAAAUUUAUUUCCAAAAGAAUAACAGGCUUAAAAUGCACCUUAUGCAAUUUACAAUUAAAUUCAUUUGAGGCCUUAGUUUUUCAUUAUUAUUCUUUACACACUUAUUUAUGUUUUUUUGACAUGUCAAUAUCCCCUCAUAUUAUUUAUUUAUUUCUUCCAAACCCAACACCUAAUAGAAAAAAUAUUGUUUUAAUUGACAAAAGGUCAUUAUUGAUAAAAAUCACAGAAAUUGUUAAGAGAUACAACUUAGAAUCUACCACCAUUCCACCUUUAAUCAAGUCUAAAAUAGAGAAAAAUUUUGGAAAACAAAAAGACAAAAAGCCCAAAAAUAAAAAUAUGUCAAAGCGUAUCUAUUUUCACUCUAUCACUGGCGAACCUUUUGAUCCAAAUGAAAUACAAGUCGACUCGGAAGAAGAAAUAAACGAUGAAUGAAUAAGAAAAAGUGAAGAAAAAGAGAUCAACAGCUAUGAAAACAUGAAUAUCGAAGACAAAGAGUUUUUUAAACUUUGAAAUUCACAUAUCCAUGAUAACUAUAAAAUUCCUGCAGAUUUUUUGAUGAAAGAUGCAUGCCUUACUUUCAUAGAAAAAUAUCAACUAGGGAUAGCUAGCUUCAGAACACAGCUUACUUUGCAUAUAAUAACGAUGUGGGAUUACAAUAUCUUAACUGGUGAUGAUAUGCUAUAUAUAAUGCAAAAAUUAUUAUUUGCAAUUGAAAAUCAAUAA